UCAAUGCUAAAAUGCAAUAAUGUAAAAUAUCUCUUAAUCUCCCAUUAUAUUGCGUAUUAUAAUCGUAUAUGUAUGCCAUGCAUUCAUUUCGUCAUAAUUAGCAUACAUGUUUUGGAAAUAGUUGUACAUGAAAAAUAACAAUCUCAGUUGUUUGGCUCGAAUAAGAGAGCGUUCGAUUAAAGACUCCGGGUCAGAAUCGGAGGGCGGGCGGUAGAAGUCCUCCUGUGUUGGCGCACCACCUUUUGUAACAUAGCAACAAGCGCUCCUCUAACGUCACUUCCCUAGCGCGGGAUGGUAUCCUAUGCAGCUGUCCGGUAGAAGUAAACAGCCCUGUUUUGGUUUAGGUUAAUUCAAUUAAUCGACCAAUUUAACGCGUUACAUCUUAAAACGUGGGGUUAGUUCUCAACGACCUUCUGACGGGUGAUCUGCUGAGAGGGACUGGGUUGUUUUGUUCCGCGGUGGAACCGCGAGGCGUUGCUGUUCACCCCAUGAACGCGUUCUGCUGGAGCUUCUGAUGUAUUAAAACUUUAAAUCCAUCUCUUCAUCGGUGUCCCACCGGCCUCUCAUACUCGUUCUGACUGGUGCCAUGAAGCUACAGUGUGAUGUCGAGGUCGUCAACCGCAUGCUCCCCUCGUUCGGUAUGAAGAACCGAGGGAAGGGCGCCCGAGCGGUGCUCUCAAUCGGGAAGCACCUGGACAAAACCACCCAGAGGACCAGCGUCUACAUGAUCAUCUGCACGGCCAAGGACAGGACAGGCUCCAAGUACAAGCUGAAGGACAACAUUGAGAAGUUCUUCACGUGGUUCGUCGAGGAGGGCAAAGCCACCGUCCGGAUCAAAGAACCAGCUAUUGACAUAUGUUUGAGCAAGGCCGACGCCAACAGCCUGAAGAGCUUCCUCUCCGCGGCGCGGCUGGCCGACCGCGGCAGCGACACCAGCAGCCUCCCGCUGGCCACCCUGACCCCGGUCCGCGCCCGCGACGUGGAGAAGCCCAAGAAGAAGCUCACCAUCGUCUCCAAGAAGGACUACCCGCUCGCCUCCAGCUUCCCCUACUCCCUGGAGCAGCUGCAGGUGUCCUACUGCAAGCUCUCGCGCGUGGACAUGAGGAUGCUGUCCCUCAAAGCUCUUCGUAAGCUGGACCUCAGCAACAACCACAUCAAGAAGCUCCCGGCCACCAUCGGGGACCUGGGCUGCCUCGCCGAGCUCAUCCUGCACAACAACCAGCUGGAGAGCUUCAGCGAGGCCCUGUGCCUGUCCACCCUGCAGCGCACCCUCCAGCACCUGGACCUCAGUCAGAACCGCCUGAAGGGCCUGCCCUCCCAGUUCUCCCAGCUCCGGGAGCUGGUCAACCUCAAGCUGGACGACAACAAGCUCCAGUGGCUGCCCUUCCGCGUGGGCCGGCUCUCCAAGCUGAGGUUCCUGUCAGCCGCGCACAACCAGCUGGCCCUGCUGCCCGGCGACUUCCGCAGGCUGAGCCUGGAGAACCUGGACCUGUUCGGGAACCCCUUCACCCCGCCCAACCCCCUGGACCACAGCAUCCACCUCACCUUCCCGCUGUCGCUCCAGGAGCUGGCCAGCAGGGCGGUGGUCAACCUCAGGGUGCCGUACGGACCGCAGCACCUCCCCGCCCACCUCUGCCGGGACCUGGAGGUCUCCGAGGCCUGCGACUGCGGCAGCGCCUGCGUCAGCUUCUUCAUCCAGACGGCGGUUAGCAUGAACCUGCACCAGGUGUCUCACACGGUGGUUCUGGUGGACGACAUGGGCGGCACCGAGGCCCCGGUGCAGCAGCACUUCUGCUCGCUGUCCUGCUACUCCCAGUUCCUCGACAACUGCCUCCAGAGGGGCGGGCGGUAGGGUGCCGGUGGACCCCCAGGAGGGUGGGCUGUGACGGACAACAUGCCCCAGACCAAAGCCUUAUUUCCAGGCUUUUGUUUCUUGAAAAUUUUACUUUUGGGACGUUGAUGUUGUCGGCCACAUGACAUCGUUUUUCCAGAUGCGAUGGACGAGAGGGAUUUUUACAAUGCUGCAUAAUUCAUAGGGAUCCUGGCUGCUCUCUUCCUAGCGGUGAUGUGAUGCAAAGGACAGACGCUGUUAUCGAAAGCACUCCGCACCGCCUGCAUCCUCAUUCCACCUCCUCCGACCAAACACGUCUUGCUUGCACUUUGAUGGUUGGAACACACACACACACACACACACACACACACACACACACACACACACACACACACACACACACACACACACACACACACACACACACACACACACACACACACACACACACACACACACACACACACACACACACACACACACACAGUUCUAUUAUCUUCUUGAUACUAAAAGUCAUGGUUUCUUUCCUCAUUCAAUUGCGAAAUGCAGAUCAUCAUUCUGCCUCGCCCUACUUCUGUGAAGUAUGAAAUCAGAGAUAUUCAUCUUGCUUUCCUCAACCAGAUAUGUAUUUUUGUCAAACAGUGUUUGUUUUUACCGAGCAAUUAUUUUAAAUAUAUGAAAAAUAAAUACAUAAAACGGGU